GGCAGGAGAGUGACGCAGAUACUAGACGCUCGAGUGGUUUUUUUUUUUUUGCGUGAAAAUUGUUGGGAAUUUUCUUGAAUAAAAGCUUCGAAAUUAAUUUGCUUUAUUUGAGAGAAGGCCGUGCCGCGUAACUGGUGUCAGGCGCUUUCCGCGCGCCCCUGCAUGUCGCUAUUUUCGGGCUCACACUAGCGAGGUAGCUAAGAGUUGAUGUGUCGUUGCUAGAAAAAAGAUGCCGCAGCCGAAAUCCCGCAAGAUCGCCAUCCUGGGAUACAGAUCCGUGGGAAAGUCAUCGUUGACAAUUCAGUUUGUGGAAGGCCAGUUUGUGGACUCGUACGAUCCAACCAUAGAAAACACGUUUACAAAAAUGAUCACGGUAAACGGACAAGAAUACCAUCUGCAGUUGGUAGACACGGCCGGACAGGAUGAGUACUCAAUUUUCCCUCAGACGUACUCCAUAGACAUCAACGGGUACAUUCUGGUGUAUUCCGUCACGUCCAAUAAAAGCUUCGAGGUAGUAAAAGUUAUCCACGACAAGUUGUUGGACAUGGUGGGGAAAGUCCAGGUACCCAUAAUGCUGGUCGGAAAUAAGAAAGAUUUACACAUGGAACGUGUAAUCAGCUGCGAAGAAGGGAAAGCGCUGGCCGAGUCCUGGAACGCCGCCUUCAUGGAGUCGUCUGCUAAAGAGAACCAGACCGCGGUGGAGGUCUUCAAGAGGAUAAUCCUGGAGGCGGAGAAGAUCGAUGGGGGGGCGCCGCCAGGCAGGACAUCGUGCUCGCUGAUGUAGUACCGCCCUGUCGCCGCACUGGACACUGGGAUAUCCCUGUACUUGAAGGCUAACUGCCUGUUUUCCUCCAUAUAAACUUUGGUUUUCUUUUAUUUUUUUACUUUUGUUUUUUUUUUUUUUC